UCCGGGUCCGCGCCAGUGAGCGCGGCUGCUGGCGGCGAGCGAGCGAGCGAGCGGCGCGGCGGCGGGCAGCGGAGGCCGAGCGCGGCGGCAUCCGAAGCGCACCCAGCAGGCAAAGCGAGGCAGCCGCGGCCCGGCGGGCACCCGCAGGCGAGAGCCGGCGCGGGCAGCAGGCGGCGGCGGCAGCUGGUUGGCGGCGGCGAGGAUGCUGACCGGGAGGCUGUGCUGGGUGCCGCUCCUGCUGGCGCUGGGCAUGGGGAGCGGCAGCGGCGGCGGCGGCGGCGGGGGCAGCCGGCGGCGCCGCCUCCUCGCGGCUAAAGUCAACAAGCACAAACCAUGGAUCGAGACUUCAUAUCACGGAGUCAUAACUGAGAACAAUGACACAGUCAUUUUGGACCCACCACUUGUAGCCCUGGAUAAAGAUGCACCAGUUCCUUUUGCAGGGGAAAUUUGUGCCUUCAGAAUCCACGGCCAGGAGCUGCCCUUCGAGGCCGUGGUGCUCAACAAGACGUCAGGAGAGGGCCGGCUGCGUGCCAAGAGCCCCAUCGACUGCGAGCUGCAGAAAGAGUACACAUUUAUCAUCCAGGCCUAUGACUGUGGCGCGGGGCCCCGGGAGACGGCCUGGAAGAAGUCACACAAGGCCGUGGUCCACAUCCAGGUGAAGGACGUCAAUGAGUUUGCUCCCACCUUCAAAGAGCCAGCCUACAGGGCGGUCGUGACAGAGGGGAAGAUCUACGACAGCAUCCUGCAGGUGGAGGCCGUCGACGAGGACUGCUCCCCCCAGUACAGCCAGAUUUGCAAUUAUGAAAUCGUCACAACUGACGUGCCCUUUGCCAUUGACAGAAAUGGCAACAUUAGAAAUACCGAGAAGCUGAGCUAUGACAAGCAACGCCAGUAUGAGAUCCUGGUGACCGCCUAUGACUGUGGACAGAAGCCCGCCGCUCAGGACACGCUGGUGCAGGUGGAUGUGAAGCCAGUUUGCAAGCCUGGCUGGCAAGACUGGACCAAGAGGAUUGAGUAUCAGCCUGGCUCAGGGAGUGUGCCGCUUUUCCCCAGCAUCCACCUGGAGACGUGCGACGGGGCCGUGUCCUCCAUCCAAAUCACCACGGAGCUGCAAACCAAUUACAUCGGGAAGGGCUGCGACCGGGAGACCUACUCUGAGAGAUCCCUUCAGAAAUUAUGCGGAGCCUCCUCUGGUAUCAUCGACCUCUUGCCAUCCCCCAGCGCUGCCACCAACUGGACAGCAGGGCUCCUGGUGGAUAGCAGCGAGAUGAUCUUCAAGUUUGAUGGCAGACAAGGGGCCAAGAUCCCCGAUGGGAUUGUGCCCAAGAACCUGACAGACCAGUUCACCAUCACCAUGUGGAUGAAACACGGCCCCAGCCCUGGCGUGAGAGCCGAGAAGGAAACCAUCCUCUGCAACUCAGAUAAGACUGAAAUGAACCGGCAUCACUACGCCCUGUACGUGCACAACUGCCGCCUCGUCUUUCUCUUGCGCAAGGACUUCGACCAGGCCGACACCUUCCGCCCCGCGGAGUUCCACUGGAAGCUGGACCAGAUAUGUGACAAAGAAUGGCAUUACUACGUCAUCAAUGUGGAGUUUCCUGUAGUUAUCUUAUACAUGGAUGGAGCAACAUAUGAACCCUAUCUGGUGACCAACGACUGGCCCAUUCAUCCAUCUCACAUAGCCAUGCAACUUACGGUCGGUGCUUGUUGGCAAGGAGGAGAAGUCACCAAACCACGCUUUGCUCAAUUCUUCCACGGCAGCCUGGCCAGUCUCACUAUCCGUCCUGGCAAAAUGGAGAGUCAGAAGGUGAUCUCCUGCCUGCAGGCCUGCAAGGAAGGACUGGAUAUUAAUUCCCUGGAAAGCCUCGGCCAAGGAAUAAAGUACCACUUCAACCCCUCGCAGUCCGUCCUGGUGAUGGAAGGUGACGACAUUGGGAACAUCAAUCGUGCCCUCCAGAAGGUGUCCUACAUCAACUCCAGGCAGUUCCCGACGGCGGGUGUGCGGCACCUGAGAGUCUCUUCCAAGGUCCAGUGCUUCGGAGAAGAUGUGUGCAUCAGUGUCCCCGACGUGGAUGCCUAUGUGAUGGUGCUGCAGGCCAUCGAGCCCCAGAUCAGCCUCCGGGGUACGGACCGCCUCUGGAGACCCACCACCCAGUUUGAAAGUGCCCGAGGGGUGACCCUCUUCCCAGACCUCAAGAUCGUGAGCAGCUUCGCCAAAGCCGAGGCCCCGGGUGACCUGAGGACAACAGCCCCCAAAUCAGCAGUCUUAGAAGAAAUGCUUCACAACUUAGAUUUCUGUGACAUUUUGGUGAUUGGAGGGGACCUGGACCCAAGACAGGAAUGCUUGGAGCUCAACCACAGUGAGCUCCAUCAGCGACACCUGGAUGCCACCAAUUCCACAGCAGGCUACUCUAUCUAUGGUGUGGGCUCCAUGAGUCGCUAUGAGCAGGUGCUGCAUCACAUCCGCUACCGCAACUGGCAUCCAGGUUCCCUCGAGACCCGGAGGUUCAGAAUCAAGUGCUCAGAACUCAAUGGACGUUAUACCAGCAAUGAGUUCAACCUGGAGGUCAGCGUCCUCCAUGAGGCCAGAGUCUCAGACAAGGAGCAUGUCAACCACCUUAUUGUGCAGCCUCCCUUCCUGCAGUCUGUCCACCACCCUGAGUCCCAGGGUAGCAUCCAGCACAGUUCAGUGGUCCCAAGCAUCGCCACAGUGGUCAUCAUCAUCUCCGUGUGCAUGCUGGUAUUUGUCGUGGCCAUGGGCAUGUACCGGAUCCGGAUAGCCCACCAGCACUUCACCCAGGAGACAGAGGCUGCCAAGGAGGCUGAGAUGGAUUGGGACGACUCUGCGCUCACUAUCACAGUCAACCCCAUGGAGAAACAUGAAGAACCAGGGUGUGGAGAAGAGGAAACUGAUGAGGAGGAAGAAGUAGAGGAAGACGUGAGCUCCAGCAGCAGUGAGUCAGAGGACAGCGAAGAGGAAGAGGAGGAGGAAGGGAUGGGCAAGGGCAGACACGGGCAGAGCGGAGCCAGGCACACCCAGCUGGAGUGGGACGACUCGGCCCUGCCCUACUAGCAGCCCGCUGCCUGCGCUCACUCACGUGUCCCUUUUGUAAGCCCCACCCGAUGUACACCCGAGUCUAUCACAUGUCGCCUCUGAUUCCUAUGACAGGUCUGGGCAGGCCUCCUCCAGCCUCCUGGAAGCCACCCUUUAUGCCUUGGGCACUCCCUGUGUCCCAGCCCUGGGGAGGGUCCAAGACUCCCAGGGUCGUCAUUAGUGGGGACUUCCAGGGGGACUUUGUCCUAUAGCCCCCCCACGUCUGCCUUGGGCUCACCCAGCAUCCUGUCAGCCAGUCUGCAGAGUUCUGCCUGUGCAGGGGAGAAAGUCAGCCUUUAUGUCACUCACCUUCCCCGGACUCCCUGUGCCCAGGGCCCUUGGGUUCCAGCUCACUGGGCGUGUACCUGCCCCCGUCUCCUCUUCCACACAGACCAGCAGAUUCUCCUUCCCUGACUCUUCAGGUGGCUUCACAUGGGCAAGGUGGUCAGACUUCACACACAAGAGAUCUCCAUUCUUAAAGGAAAGUCCUUGUUGAGGCAGAAUUAAUGUAUAGGGAAAGGUUCACACACACGCAUGCACACGCACUCAUACACUCUCCCCAGUUUGGAGAGCCUUUCCCUUUGUCCUUUCUGACGCCACACAAGCUUAGAUGAAAAGUCCAAAACCAAGAGGUCCUUGGCCACAGCAGAGUCUGGUCCCCAGCCAAAGCUGUCAGCCUGCCUUGGCUGCCACCACACAGCACAGGAACCAGGAAGCACUCCACAGAGGCACCGCCCCAGGCAACAGCGUGACAAGCCUGCAGCCAGGGACCAGAAGGAAGGGCGGAUAGGAUGAGCAGCUGGGCACCACGGCGGGCACAGAUCUGGGGGAUGGGGGUGGUGGGGUCUCCCCAGCCAGAGGCUGACAAGGCUUUCAGCAUCUAGUCUUAGGGUACCUCAUCACCGGUUUCACACUGUUUUACCUCUUGAGAAAAUGCAUCCCUCUCAGAUGUGUUAGGACUAUCAUGAACUGUGCCGAAUCUAAAAUGAAAGUUUGAAGAUUCGAAUGCUAGGAAUUAGGAGCAUAUCUGUGAUAGGAACAGCUGCUGCUUUAUUCUCAUAAAAGGAGCAACGCUUUGGGUGGAGGGCAAAUAUAUCUGAAAACCUAAUUUCUUCUUGUUUUAAUAAGAAAAUCUUUUCCAACUCCAUCCUAACAUGCACACCUCAUAAGAACUGUUGCUAUGGUAACUUGUCUGUGCUCUUUUGUGACCAAGAGAAUAGCAGGCAAAAACAGGGCCAUUCUAGGACUUCCACAAGGCUCUGAGACCAUCUUUGUUUUGAAUGUCUCUGGCUUUGUCCUCUGUCUGUACAAUCUGUCCCCGCCCUCCCCCAGCCCGUACUGGCACAGGCACAGAGCUGGCCCCUAGUCACAGUGGCAUUCAGGUUCAAAAGAAAGUUGAGAAUCUAUUCAUUCUACUCACCAUGUCACCAAAACAGAGCUUAAGGGGGUCCACCAUCAAUGUCCUCUAGUUUGACCUCCAUCCAUGAGCAGUCCCUGCAACCUUCUGAUUCAAGCAAACUACCUGAUGCAGCUUUUCCCACCACUGAUAGUGGUUUUUGCAUAUGUUUCCCUCCUUUGAGCCUCACCAUAGUUCGGUCAGAGAGUUGGGACAUCUAUUGUCAGGCAUAUUUUGAGUAAACUGAGGUUCAGAGCUUCAGCACCUUGCUCAGAGUCAUUUAGAGCUAGAGACAAGACCAGACUCCCCACCUUCUACUCUUGGUCCAGUGCCCACCCACCCCACUUCUACUUAUAUUCAUAUUUAUACAGCUCACGGGCAUUUCUGAGGACCUACUAUGUGCUAAGCACUCAACCAGCAGCCCUACAAAAUGCUAAAGCUGAGGAAGAGGAGUGCUUCCCCUCCGAGGAUAUAAUCGUUGCAGAGGGGGACCCAACAGGCAUAGAAAUUAUAUGAAACAGACCCAGAGCUGGGAGAGAAGUCACAGGAGGAAGAGGCACACAAUCAAACUGAAUCAGUGCCCUAAUUUUUCCCUUAGGGAAAAAUGCAGGCAGAAGUUCGGGAUUUUAUAUUCAUUGAAUGGAAACAGUCACUUCUGUGAAUUCUCCCAACCAAAAUGCCCUUUUCGUAUCAGGCUGUGUCUGCACAUCUACAAGGAGAAAAUCUCUAACACUGCUUAGUCCCACCACUCCCUUGGUUAAAUAAAAAAAGAUUCUCCAGUUGGGCACUUAGGAGCUAACAAUUCUCCCAAAAUUAUGGCAGUAAAACCAAAUUUAUGGUUCAAAACCCAUUUUUUUUUGUUAUUCGUAAGAAAUUUAUUUUUUAAUGUUUCAAGUUUUUAAAUUCUAGUAAAUUAACAUAUAGUGUAAUAUUAGUUUCAGGAGAAUUCAGUGAUUCAUCACUUACAUAUGACACCCAGUGUUCAUCACAACCAGUUCUUUUUCAACUGAAUUUCCAUUUAAAAUUAUAGGUCUGGUUUUCAUGAGAGCACCUUGCAAGAGUCCUUUUGGUUUGGUUGGGGUGGGAAGGGGUUCCUCAUGCCCUCUGGCUAUCUCCAAUGGCUGCAUCACUUAUUCAUGGUUGAGUGGCCUAUUUGGAGCAUAAUUUGGGGAGGGUAUUGGGGGAUCAGAUAAAAGUGGCACUUGGCUAAGGACACAGGGUUGAAUCAUUUGUGACUAGAUUGAUGUAGAGAAAUAAUGGAAACAAGUCAGGACCCUCUCCAUCAACUCCUGUUGUGCGAAGUCAGACUGCAUGUCAGCUCCACAAACGAAGCAUAAUAAUACUGCUGGGUCAAUGGGCAUUUAUCAUGUUCCCAACACCCUACUCAACAAGAAGGAGUGGUUAUAUAAAAGUAGAAGCUUCAGGGACUAUUCAGGUGAGUGGCGAGUAAUGUAAGUUACCCUCCACCAGAUAUUCUAAUGUGUGAAAAAGGUCAUUAAUCAGCCCAGCAUUUUCCAGGUUCCAUAUGCUGGUAUCUGGGAACCAGAACUCCCAGAUGGCCCAGACACCGUGUGGCCUCUCAUCCAGACAUCAGAAGCAGCAGAUGCAGGCUCAUACCCCAGAGGAACAGCUGACCAGGUUGGCCAAAGGCCAGACCAUUGCUUAUCUUGCCAAGAAGAUGACCAGAUUCUGCUCUCUGGAGCUGGAAAAUAGAUAGGCUGAAACCUCUCAAGUGAUUCGGGUGACAGGGAGGAAGAGGAAGACAAGGUUGAAAUGGAAAAGGCCAGUAUAGAAUGAGCUGCCCAAUGGAGUAAAGCAAUCAACUAGUUGGUCACCUGUCUUAAAGAAUACCAAAAGUAUAUUCUAGUAGGUUAAUCAAAUGCUUUAAAUCUGACCAAGGCCCAAACUUAUGUAGAUAACAAAAAUGUAAUUUGAGCGGGAUCUUAUUUCAUUACCACUUUCUUGAAUGUUCUCAAUCAUCCUAUCAAGCAGGGUUUAGACCACACAUCUCUGCAGGUAGCAAGAGCUGUACCUUGUGGACGCAGACCCUCUAGGGAGAGGGCUCCUGGUGGGAAGCAAUGUCCUCCAGGCCUGUACAUACAGCAGAUGUCAGCAAAUUUUAUCUAUAAAGAGCCAGACAGUAAAUAUUUGGGGCUUUGCAGGCCAUAUGGUCUCUAUUGCAAGUAUUCAAAUCUGCCACUGUAGCAUGAAACAAACCACAGACAAUACAUAAAUGAAUGGAUACGGCUAAUGUUCCAAAAAAAAUUAUUUAUGAAUACUAAAAAAGCAAAUUGAAUUCAUAUAUUUUCAUAUGUCAUGAAAUUUUAUUACUUUUUGAUUUUUACUUUUUGACCAUUUAAAAAAUUAAAAAACUCUUCUGAGCCCAUGGGCCAUACAAAAUCCAGCAGCCUGCCAGAUUUGGCCUAUAGGUCAUAGUAUAAACACCUCUACCAUACGUUCAAGGAAAGCAGCCUUCCCAUUUACCAAGGGAAAGUAGAUUGCUAUCUUAGACCCUUCCUUCAACUACCCAGGGGUCUUUGCCUCCAAAAUGAACAACAACUCCAUAGUCCUUAGUUAGGCUCUUUUAAAUGUCCAUGUCCCAGCAAGAAAAUGACAACAAAAAACACCUGGUUCUGGUCAAAUUGACUUGGACACAGGCAAGCAGUCAUGCAGAAUGCCAAGCCCUGGCUAUAGGAACUGUAACCACUGAGCGCCAACCGGCUUGAGCUCAGGGGCAACUCCCAGACCCAGAGCCUUCCCAGCACAACUCAGCCCAUAAUGAUUUCUAAGCGGGGGUGUUCAUUAUCUGACUGAUUUCCAUUUCAGCCCCGUUCAUGCCAUUGCUCUAAAAAUGAUCCUGAAGACUUCUGACUGUUUAAAUCAAUAGCAACAUAAUCAGUAGAAAGCCCUACCCAGCACAUUUCAAAAUUAGCAGUCUUUAUGGCUCUAUGAUUCAAUAUUAGCAAGAGGAAAAGAGGACUUUUUCUUAACCAUCCUCUCAUUGAAAUUAACCAAAUCAGUUUUACAAAAAAAGUGAGGGAGUGAGUUUAAUUCUUUGAAAGAAUUUACAAGUGAAAAGUAGAUGAUUUUCAGGUAAGAUCAUUCUCAGGCCUUUGGGGGAUCCUCCAAGCCCCUGCAAAAUACUCUGGAGGGCUACGGAUGGUACAGGAUCCUCUAUCUGCAUCAGACUUUUAUCAAGGCUGACAAGCCAAAGCCCUUGGCACAAUUUUUAUAUAAUCACUUUCUGCUGCCCAGCUGUAGGCAAAGGAAAUGAACAGUGAAAGUCUUGAAGUCUACUCCAGUACCUUCAUUUCCCUGCCUUUAUUUUAUUUUAUAUAUUUAUUCUGUACCUACUUGAUAGAUCUUGUUCUAGUUUUCUUUAUGAUGCCAACUACAAAGGAGAGUUGGCUUUACAAGGGCUAUAGAUUAGAAGUCAAACUUGACUCUACCCCAAGACAACACAAAGAGACACAAGAAGUACCUCCACCAGCACCCCAGAAAGCAAUCAAACAUUCCCUGGAUGCCAUUAGUGAACAGAUGGGAUUCUGUGUUUGUAGCUACGUUCAAUGUAAUUCAGCAAAUCCUUGCUGAGUGCCCAUGGUGUGCCAGGCCCUGUGCCAGAAACGGGGGAAAGGUGGAUGACUGAGGUGUGGCCCUGCCCAGGCGGGUCUCCCGGGCUCAUGAGCUGUUGGCAUGCUUCCUUUACGGUGUUGGAGGCUGUCUGAGAGCAGUUGGGACAGGUGUAGGCAGAAGUUUAGAGUUGAGGGAGGUGGGUAACUUGCUUUGGCAAUUCUCCACCCUAAGUCAGAUGGCAGGUGUGAUUCUGGGAGCCCUCAAACACAUUGCCAAGGUCAAAAGAGGAGAGCCCUGGGGAAGCAGGCAAUGCUUCCCUAGAUGUUUCUAAUUCUGCCCCAGCCCAACCCAGGUCACUUAUGGAUGAAAGCCAGUCACCCUGCCUACAAGGUGAGUAUCACAUGGCUGAAGACUGAGAUUCAGUGAAACUAGGCCAAAGGAAGUUCUUCAGUAUGAAGAGCAGGCAGGCAGACCUGGAAAGUAAGCCAGGUACAGGGGCCUCCAUGUGCCAAGUUCCAAAGACAUGAAAAGUCUGAUGUGAGGGUGCACCCCUGAGGCCUAAAGUCAGAGCUGAGGAGAGAAGAAGGGCUCUGACUUUGUAGGACCUGCUAAGGGGCCACAGGACACUAGAGAGCAGAGGUUCUUAAGGUGCAUCCCUGGGCCAGAGCAUCACCUGGGGAUGAGUGAGAAAUGCAAAUUCUUGGGAUCCACCCAAGAGCUACUGAAUCAGAAACCAGGGUGGGGCCCGGCAGUGUGUGUUUUAAGGCUCUCUAAUCCUGAUGCACUCUAAGGUUUGGAAACCACUGAUGUAGAGAAUGAGAGUGACUUUCACUGGCCCUGGGAGGAGAGGAUUAAUAGGAUAAGAAAGUCCAUUACUAGUGUAGAAGAGAGGGGGUCAAAGCAGAGCUCCCCAUGAACCGUCCAGGGCCCUCCAGACUCUCUCUAGUCCAUACUCCCUGAAGCAGUGAUUUCAAGGAACUUUGGGCCUAGUCCCAACUUCAUUCCUCCCCUGGGGCAGGAGCCACCUCCUGCUGGUCUGGCCCCUUUCAUCCUAGAGACAAACACAGUCCAGGGGAGGCUGUAGUGAGGCUACCCAUCCCUAGGGAGGCUGCCUUCCAGAUUCCCAUUGAUGAGCAGCCUCCUGAAGGGCCAUAUUUUAGGGGAAAUGAUUAAACUGUAGCAGUGUCCCUACAUCAGCAGGAGAACUGGUCCCCACACAGCAUGUAUGCUGUGGAGCCAUCAGGGCCUACAGACAGUGGAGUGGGGCCAUCUAAGGGCUGGAAGGGAACACAGACACAUGGCCUUGGAGAGCUCAUGCCUGCUGUUCAGUUCCUAAGAAUCCAGUUCCCUCUUGAUUAGAGGCAUAUUCCUGGUCCUAUCUGCCCCGGCCUUGCUGAGUUCUCCCCCAAAUGCCCUAAAGGAUACCUCCAUUUCUCCAGCCCAGUUUAUGAAAAGGUCUUCUGAUUAAAUGCCCAACCAAUCCCCUGAGAACACAGUGACUAUAUCAAGAACCACCAUCUCCAACACAUUAGAUUAUGCUAAGAAGAACCAACAGAGUUUACCAGUUGUUUGUGAGAAGCAUGGGAGAGAGCAGACCCAAGAAGGGGAAGGAAAGUUUCUUCAUGUUUGUGUCACUUCAGUCCAGAAUAACUUUCUUUAUAGCCUGGCCUCUCUUUGUGAAUUCUCUGAUGUGACAUCUCUUUCCCAAGACCUUAAGACAAUUUUGUUUCCCUGAAGUUAAGUCACUUAUUGCAAAGCCCCCCAUGGGACAAAAGGACAAGGAAUGGCAUGAUAGGACAUAGGUGGAGAGCCUCAGACAGUUCUGGGAGCAGGAUGGGCUCUGUUCCCAUUGGCAAGCUUAGAUCUGUGUCCAGUCAGAAGUCUCGGCAGCUCCAAUAUAGCCAGGACACGAGGCAGAGAGAGGGAGUAGGAGGGGCAUUUACUGGGAAGACUGGGCACAGAGGAGACACCCAAGGUGUGUCACUGUGCAGGCCACACCAGCCAUUCACAUUUGUCAGAAACAGGAGAACUGUGUCCCAACAUCAACUAGUCCCUCCCAUUCUGAGCAGUGGAGAGGAACUGCUACCUCUGGACCAUGGAGGUGAUACAUCUCCAGAGUCCGGGACCCAUUCCAUGAGAACUGGCCGUUGAAUGAAAUGGAACCACAGUGCUCAAGCACCCACUGGGGACCCUGACCAGGCCCCAGAAAACAUGGCUGUGUGAGGCUGAUGGCCCCUCAGCUCCUGCUGCCUCUGCUGUCACAGGCUCCCUCGUCAAGGCAAGAGUCACUCACCUACCCCAGCGCCGUGGGUGACUAGUACAGCACCUGGCCCACAGCACGGGCUUGGUAAGUGGUGAAUUAAACAGAAUACCAGAGAUCACCUGACCUCAGCAAAUGGACAGGAUGCGAAAAAUUAAGAUGCUUCAAAAAAAAAAAGACUCCACCAUCAUUUCUCUUAAUAUAUAGGUCGGAAUCCUUCAUAAAAUCAGAGCAAGGAGGAGUGGAAGUACAUAGAGGGGCAGAAGAACAGGAAUGGGGUUGUUGGAUAGUGGCCCCUUCCUAUCUAUAACAGUAAAAGUUGCCCCUAAGCACGGAGCAGUUGGAGGGGCCUUGAUAAGCCCACUUGCUCCAUCCUCUAGGUCCUGGGCAACGUCCUGAGAGGGGGUCCUCUGCAGCCCCUUUUACCAGAUUCGCUGCAGAGGUCUGUCAAGGUGAAGCUCAACCCCCAACAGACAUAAGAAAAGAGAACAACAGACGUGAGAAGAGCCAAAACGCAGAUGGUGUAUAUUAAUCCCAGGUGAAAGAAAUGUGCUGGCUUUAACAUUUGUUCGCUUUUAUCUUGAAAUGAAAAUGCAUCUCUGCUGCCCAGACCCUUUUCUGAGCAUUUCAGAACAGAAAUGGGACACACACACUCACUCAUGGUAAGGGUUCUUUCCCCAGCAGAAAAAGCUAUCGGAGAAAGGAGCCCACAGGUUGUGUCUAUGUGCAGGAGCAGAUAACCAACCACAGGUCCCAGCUAGAGUCCAGCCCUGUGAAAAAGGGAAGGGAAAGGCCAGGAAACAGCUGUCCUUAGGAAGGGUUCGUUAGGGCCUCUGUGACAAAGGGCUCCACUUGGGCCUGUGGGUCACAGAGAGGAAUAUGAUGUGCACACCCCUGCAGACAAAAGUCCGUCCAUCCUGGGCAAUGUGGAACACACCCCCAGCUCCUCCCUCCGCUGCAAAGGAGCCGCCAAUGUGUAGGAUUCGGAAGAGGCCACGUACAUCUUCACUUGUACACUUCAAAUGGUGGAAAUAAGGCAAAUGCUUUUCGGAGAUUAGGAAGUUAGACCUGAUACCCAGGGCUGAUCACUCAAAAGGCAAAGAGAGAGAGAUUGAGGGGAAAGCAGACUCAGAGUUAGAGAGGGAACAGGCAAGGCUGGAGAAGAGUGACAGAACACGAACGUGCUCACCCAGGAAGCCAGAGCAUUGCUCUCAACUGAAAGCUCUAUCCAAGUUUCAGCAAACUAUGGGGAAGCCUGGCCCUGUGACCCAGGGGCAGUCAAAUCCAUGCCUCCAAACUCAGCCCUGUUUGAAGGUGAUUUCAUUCUUAACUAGUCAUGAUGGAUCAAUCCACCUGAUUGCUUCCAGCCUGACCUUGGUGGCUUCCAAAAAAGUUGUUGGUGCCCUGAGCUGGACAGCUUGGAAGGAAAUUGAAGAAAACCAGCUGGCGAAUAAGAAAAGAAACUGCAUGUAGAAGAUGGUUGUUUUUAAAGAAAUCUGUAGGUAUUAAGAGUCAGGUGUGUUAUGUUGUUGGCAUGGGCAUUAUAAAUGUCAAGGAGGUAAGAUUCAGAAUGACUUGGUGGGGUACUCGUUUGGAAAAUUAGUUUAUGUGUUAAAGAUAAGUUAUGAGAAACAAAUAGGCUAAGGACAGCGAUUUAUGUGUGCCAUAUACAUCUAUAUAGACAUCUAUAUAUAUAUAGACAUAAAAUACAGAAAUGAGUCAGAUAUAAAGAUGUCAAUGAUCCCAACACAUUUUCAAUUCCUUAGAAGUGCAGGUUUGGAUGUUACACUUUUUCUUAUUGUCCUCACUUACUUUUAGCUCUCAAAGCACUGGGAACAGUGCCUGGCACAUAGUAGGAGUUUGGUAAGCACUGGGAAAUGGAAGGUCCAGCUUGUCACUACAUGGUAAACACUCAGUACUCGCUAUACAUCAAAUUAAAUGAGCCAUAGGGAAGCAGGUCAGCCACAUCCCCCUCCUAGAUCAUCACAACCCAGCUAAGGAGAGGCCUUCCUGAACUGACCGAUUCAGAGCAAUGUCCAGCCAGCUGCAGGCACUGGGGCUGGCUCUUGCCAGGAUGCUGUACAUAGUGGGUAUCACUUAGGAUGCUACACAUAGUGGGUUUGUAUCACUUAGACAGGAUUCUCUGCAAAUAGUGGGUCUGUAUCACUUAGACCUUAUCUGCAUAACACCUAACAAGCUAUUUCUACAGGGAAUAGGGCUGGGGGCUCUCCUCCUAUUGCAUCUGACAUUUCCUAAACACUUGGUGCAAUGCUGUGGAGUUCUGCCAACUUCGGGCACAAUUUGAGAACUAAAUGUAAUGAUUCUGGGCUCAGCCAGUCUAAGAGGUUUAGUGAUUUCUUCUCUCAGCCCUUCCCAUCAUCCAUAUCUGGAGAUGCCACCUCAAGGGGUAGGCCAGUGUGUGCCUGACGCAUGUCAGACUUCUGAGUUCUUCCAGCUGCCUCAAACAAAUAAAUCCUUUUAGUCUAGAAAAUGUGUUUAUUUGCUAAAUAUACUAUUGUGUAUGAUGUCAAACAAUGCAAACUUUGGACUAUCUUGUUAGGAGGACUGUAUGCAUUUAUAUAAUUUAAUUUCAGGAGAGCAUGUUGUCAUCUUGCUCAGUGAAUGAGGAUGCACAAUCAAAGAUGAUCAGAAAAAAUGCCCCCUCCCCUCCCCACACCUCUCAGCCCCACCCCUCAUGGAGCCCCUGCCUAUUUUGAGCUGUCCUGUCCACUCCAGGCUGAUGCAGAGUGAAGGGCGCUGAGAAUCGCCAUGUAUAUAAAGCUAUAGGAAGAAAAUAAGAACCACCACAGGAAUCUGUUGGGCUUCUUCCCAUAACUGUGAUUUUACCCAUGUUUCAGUCACAAACUUUAAAUUUCUAACAAUUAAGAUUCUUGCAGUUUCCAAGUAAUUUGUUAAAUGCCUAUUCGACACAGACAGAUAUUUAUUUUCAGCCUUGACUUGUAAAUGCCUACAAACUGAUUCAUGCUGGUGGUCGUUACGACACUUCCUGUGAAUUGGUGAAUAAAUAUGAUUUUAGAAUUUCACAGUAAA